CGCAAGUACCUGGACAAUGGCCAACUCCUGAUCAAGUUCCUACGAUGCAACCGCAGUGGGCUUCAUUGAUUAACCCUUCAAGCGUACCAAACGCUCCCGUACAAACAAAGGCCGCAGGCGAUUGUAGUCAAACAAGUACUUAUUGCAACUGGUCAUGUAACCAUUGUCAGAGACCAAACGAUGUUAUAAUUUGUCCUGCGCAAAAAGAUUGGGGUCUAACCUAUGAUGACGGGCCAUCAAUAUACACGCCGGCGCUUCUCGAUUAUCUUAAAUUAAAUAACAUUAAAGCCACUUUCUUUGUCAUUGGUUCGCGUGUCCUUGAACGUCCAGACGUUCUCAGACGGACAAUUGCGGAAGGACAUCAAUUAGGCAUACACACAUGGUCACAUCCUUACCUUACUACUUUAACAAAUAAUCAAAUUAUUGCUGAACUAAAAUGGACAGAGACCAUAAUCAAAACCGUUGCUGGAGUUACGCCCAUAUACAUGAGACCACCUUAUGGAGACGUCGAUGAUAGAGUGAGAAGUAUCGCAACUCAAAUGGGAUACAAAGUCGUCAUAUGGGAUGUGGACACAACCGAUUGGCUGUCGAAUGGUAAUCCCACGUAUAACCCAAACACAAUUACCAACAUUGUCCAAAAUUACGCUAAUCAGAAAUCAUCAACUGGACAUAUUUCGCUCGAACACGAUUUAUUCCCGGUAGCCGCUGCAGCUGCUCCCAAAGCCCUUGAUAUUAUUUUACAAGCUGGAUUUGCCGCCAAGCCAGUUGGCACAUGUGUAGGAACAAAGUUUUAUGUGGAAGAUGGCGGUUCGAUAACGACUGCUCAAUCCAGUAUUUCGUCUGUAACACCAAAUGGCGUAACUACUUCAAAUACGAAUGCAACAGGAACAUCUGUUGAUGUGCCAAGUGCGACAAAUUCGUCUCAGAUAUCAAAUGCAUCACAUUGUCUAUCGUCAUUUGCAUUAUUUGUUGUGUCAGCAUUUUGUAUAAUGUUUUUGGGCCCGAUAAUAUAA